AUAACACCUAUUGUUGGGUACAAUGGGUACAGACUACAUGUACGUCUAAUUGAAAAAAUAUUUAAGAGUAAAUUACCCCAGUAAAAUAUUGUCAAUUGUUAUAACAAAACAAUUGAAUUAAAGAAGAAGCUUAAAAUAAUUAUAAUCCUUAACAAUAACAUUGCUAUUCAAGUAAUGAAAUUGAAUAUGUUUCAUUGUUUACCUCUUGUUUGUUUACAAUUACCUAUGUGUAUAUUAUUCGUAUACAAUGGAAGCUAUGAUGCAGACAGUGACUACAGUCUGAUAGUGGCAACAAAUAGAGAUGAAUUUUAUGAUCGACCUUCUGCAGAACUUGCGCCUUGGAAAGACAAUCCAAAUAUCAUUGGAGGAUUAGAUUUAGAAGGGGGCUGUGAAGGAGGGACGUGGCUUGCUGUGUCUCCCCUCAGAAAGAAAAUGGGAGUACUUUUGAAUUUACCAAAUACACCAAAGAAAAAUGCAAAAAGCCGAGGUAAAAUUGUAGCAGAAUUUGUGAAAAGUAAAAAUGAGGCUGCAUCAUAUGUUCAAGAAAUGAAAUCUUAUUUUGAAGAAUGUAAUAAUUUCAUUUUUGUAGCAAUGGACUUUGGAAACACCACGCCAGUCAUAAAUAGCUUCACGAAUGUCACAAACUCAAUAACAACACAUACAGAUCCUUGUUUGGGUUUCGGAAAUAGUUUACCCGAUAUGCCAUUGAAAAAAGUUGAAGCCGGCCUUACUAAAAUGCAUGAUAUUUGUAAGGGACUCAAUAAAAUUUCUAUGAAAAGCAAACUCUUAGAAGAAUUGACUGCACUCUUGAAGUGUAAUGAAAGGCAUCUACCUGACGCCCAACUACAAGAACGUAGGCCUAAUUUAUAUGAAGAAUUAAGUUCUAUAUUUGUUUGUGUACCUGAAGAAAGAUAUGGAACGAGGGCGCAAACUAUAUUGCUUCUCACGAAAACUGGUCAUUUAGAAGUACACGAAAUAUCCAUGAAAUCACCAAUUGAUAAAAUAGAACCCAAGUGGGAAAAACAUAAAUACCAAUUUGACCUGUGAUAAUUGUUUUUAUUUUGUUGUUCAAGUUUUAGUUAUAAAUAUAUAACAAUGGUUCAAAAAAAAUCUGUGUAUUCAUUUUAUUACAUUUUGUUUAAGUUAUAUUUUACAAACUCCAAUUUUCAGGUUUCAAUAUAUCUGGAACACAAAAGUCAUUAUCUUGCUCUAAAACACAAGCCAAAAAUUUUGGUACAUUCAACAAUGUACCUGACAGAAUAUGUGGAAAUUUUGUAACUUUAUUAUCCACAUAUGUAAACAUCAGCCUCUUACUAAUGAAGUCACCACUUAAGGAUACAUUUGCUAUGGUAGCAUAUUUUUGUUGGGAGCUGGAAUACAUUUCCACAGACAACCUCAAAGAUUCCCACAUGUUAAGCUGAUGAGCAGCUGUCAUACUUAUCCGAAAAUGAUAAUCAAACCUACUGUAAUAUUGCUUCAAAAUUUCUAUCAAAUUAUCCAACAUUUCAUCUAUAUCUGUAGCAGCUUUUGUGACUGCAAAAAAUUCUACAACUGCAGCUUGACUAACUGUUAAAAGACUAUUAAAAUCAGAUGCAACUGGAACAUAUUGUCUACCCAUAUUGAAAUACUUAAGAGGCAAUACUUUUGGAUACAAAACAUUUUUAGCAUGAUAUGCCAUAUAAGAACACAAUGAACCACCACCUGUUAAAUGAAGUCUACUGUCUGAAUUAAUUUGAGUAUCUUCAUUAUGAUGCAGUAUAAAUACUGUAUCAGGAUUAGUGUGGUUGAUGCCACAGCCCUCAACAAUGACACUUUUCACAAAAUCAGGAUUUGAGAAUUGUAUGAAAUUAUUUUUCUUUAAAAUGUCACUGAAUAAAAACUUAGCUCCUAGUUCAAAUAUUGCUGCAUCUCCUUUUAGAUAGUAGUUUUCAUUGUUUUUAAUAGUUAUUAAAUUGAGAUCUUGACCAAUUUUUAUGUGAUUCUUGUCAUUUUUUGGAGGUUUUAAAUGUGUGUACACUAUUUGACUGUCACUUUCAGGGGUUUUAUCAUGCAAAUUGUUUGGUAACUUCAGUGCUUCAACAACAGCUGCCUCUUCAGCUGACCAUAGAGAUGCUUUUAUCUUCCUAAUAUCAUCCUUAAUCAAUGUGAUUUGCAAUUUUAACUUAUUAAUUGCUUCUUUUUCAGACUCAUUUUUUAUUAUCUUCCCUAAUUCCUUAGCUAGUUGAUCUUUUUGUUGUUCAUAUUGAUUUCUUUUUUGUUUCAGUUCCUCAUAAACGUGCCAAAGUUCUUCUAAUUUUUCAAAAUUAUAAUUGUAUUUCCUUUUUUUCAAAUCAUUUUUUAUAUUAUUUAUGUUCUGAAAUUUUUCUGGAAAGUCUAAAUAAGGAGUGACAUAAACAUAAUUUUCUGUUGCCUUGGCACCAUUGAUGAAAAGAGCUGAAUAUCUUUUGGGGGUUACCAAUAGGUUUCGUGUUUUGAACAGUGUGUAGAAAUGAGUUUUAUAUAUCAUUGUCAUCAAUUUUCUUCUUUUUGUUUGGACUUUCCUCUAAAAUAGCAUCACCAUCUUCAUCUGUUUGAGAUUUCUCAAUAUUUUGUGAAACAAUUUUUCGUUUUGUUGCUGUUUUGAAACUCCCGUGGCCAGCAGCUCUCUCUGACUCUUCUAUAGUAUAAGGUUCAAGCUCGAGUGCUUUUAAUCUCCGUUUAUGGACUUUUGUCUUGAAAUGAUCAUUCAAAGCUUGUUCAUCAAUGAAAUACCUUGCACAAUGUAGACAGUAAUGUUGUGCUGCACCUGGCAGAUCUAAAUCAACUUUUUGGUUCAGUAAUUUUUCAGCAUUUUCUGAAACAUCAAAAAUUAAAGUUUAAUAUAAAUUAAUCACUAAAACUAUCAAAUAGCAUUCUUAAGAAUAAUGAUUUUGUACAAUGAAUGUAAUUAUCUUUUUAGAUUUAACAAUACAGUUCAGACCAACGUGGAACGUAAUGCAAAAGCAAAUCAUUCAAUCAGUGUCAGAAUAAUAAUAAAAAGUAUUUAGACAAUUUAAA